AUGGAUAGCCACUCUAUUGUGCAGUUCUUCUCAUCAGCGUUGCAACAGCAUGGCACGAAGGCGCCUUCAGACCGCACCGACAGCUUUGUGAUGUACACCGUGCCGGCCGAUGCUUUCCUGCAGAUGACAGAAGUCAAGAUGCACGAGGAGCUCGUGGACGCGGGUGUGGUGAAAGAAUUUCAUGAGAGCAUGGGAAAGGCCAUGUUCGUGUCGCACCAGUGGCUGAGUGACGCCCAUCCUGAUCCCCACUUCCAGCAGCUCAGAGUUCUUCAGGAUGCCCUGAAGAACAUGGCUGCCGGAAGCAGCACCAUCUCCCUGGCGAUCUUCUCAGAAAUUGUGUACGGUCGCACAAGAUGCCCCCCAGCCGGCGACUUCGCCUGCGGCCGACUUCACAUCUGGUAUGACUACUUUAGCAUCCCACAGAGCAGCGGUGGCCGCGCAUCUCAGCGCCGCCAGGCUGCCAUCCAAACCAGCCCAGCCUUCGUGGCAAGGUGCGAGUUCUUUGUCGUGCUGUGCCCGGCCUUGGAGCACACAAACCAGCAGCGGACGUUGAGCUAUUCAACUUGGUGCGAAAGGGGGUGGUGUCGCACAGAGAGAGCCGCACGCGAACUCUCCAUGUACAGUGGCGGGUACGUCAUUCUUGUAGAGAGCGCCACGCACCAGACACUGAUGUGGGCAGGACUGAGCAUGAGGGAUGCACCUGGUGAAGGAGAGUUUACACUUGACAGUGACAGAGUGUGGAUCGGUCGUAUGGCUACGCAGAUGGUGUGGUCCAAGCUUUUCUACUACCUCGAGCGUGGACAAUUUCACAACUACCGGUUCCUUCUCAACUCACAAGCGGCGGCAUAUUUCCGCGCUCUUGACGUGGAGCCGAUUGACUGUCUUAUUCCGGGAUUUUCCACUGAGAUCGACCCGAAUGUUGACUGCAAGGGUUUCAUGCUGGAGCGUUUCCUGCAUCACAACGGCUUCAGGAACAUCUUCGAGCGGGACGAUGGAGGGUUUCCGCCCAUUUGCUUUGCGGCGAUGGGCAACAACCUCGUGGUGCUGCAAGCGCUUCUUGACCGAAGGGUGGAUAUCAACCAGGCUACGACCAAGCCCAAGACAGAAGUCAAUUUUCCCGGCAAGCUGACGGCUCUGGGAAUAGCUUCCUUACUCCGCAACAAUGAAGCUGUUGAGCUGCUACUGUGCGCCAGAGCCCACAUCAACUACAAGGAUGGUUUUGGUGGCAAUGCCCUCCAUACGGCGUGUGCCGGGGACAAUCCACGCGGGGUGCGUCUACUCUGCCAUGCUCGUGCCGACAUGAAUCAACAGUCUGUGCCGGGAAUGAGCCCUUUCAUGAUUUCGUGUGCGUGCGGAAGUCAGCGUGCCAUGAAGGAGAUGCUCACUCUGAAUCCAGAUUUGAGCUUGCGACAUUGCCUACACAUCGCACUCAUGUUCGCUGGAGCUGGUUCUGCCGACGUGGUUUCCGUUCUGCUCGCUGCGCGGGCGAAUGCAAAUGAGCAGUUCCGGGUACAGAUCCGGGAGCCCGGGUGGUGGCUUCUAAUGAACGAAUUGGGUGUGAGGCAUCGGGUAAGCCCAUCCAGGCUGACUCUGUUGGCAUAUCAUCAUUACGAUGCUACGCCGCAGAUGUUCAGCAUUCUGGGUGGUUCGCUGGAUUCCGUGUCCACUUUGCUGUCAGCCCGAGCCCGCAUAGACAUCCAAAAUUACCGUAAGAAAACGGCAUCCGAUCUGGCACGCCAGAUGCUCGCGCCAUCGUGGUUGAUCGAGGUCUGCUGUGCUAAAGGCCAGCAAGACACCGAGACCCCUGCCGAGAGCGACACGUUUUCCAUUUGA